AUGCUGGCCUCUUUCCAAUUUUGCAUCCUCCCAAGAACCUACCGCACUCUCUUGUGUUCUGCAGGAGCUGGCCCAUUGCUGAUUAUCCAGUUCGUCACCGUGGCAUCAGCGCUCGCGCUGGCGCCUACCGCCGUUGUUGCUCGCCAGGGCGCCGCUGCCUUCGUCACAGUGAACUCGAUAGACGUUUGUCCCAAAAAGGUGGCCCAGGAAAUCAUCAAUCCGGGACCGAAGGUAGUUACCACGCCCUACACUUGCGAUCAAGUGAAGCUCGGUCAUGGCCUGGACGUGUCCUACUACAACUUCGACAUCGAGCCCCUCACCAAGGACACCUUUCCUUACUGCAAGGCUCUCAAGGUCUUUGACAACGAAGGUUGCCUGGGCUUCCCUACUUUAUGGAUCCCCCUCGAGAGCCCACUUGAGGACAAGUGCAUCCCUGAACACUACUUCAGCGACGAAGUGAAGUCUAUCUCGUUCCAGCUUGAUUGCCGCGAGGACGCCCCUGUCAAGAAGGAGCCAUAUGGCCCUAAGGAGGGGGCUGAACAAUCUGCACCGCAGGCAGAGCAUAGUACUAAGCAGGACGCUCAACAGGGUUCUCACCAGGGACAGGAGGUGCAGAACAGCCCUAAGCAGGAGGCUCGCCAAGGUUCCAGGCCGGCAGAGGCUGCUCCUAAGCAGGAGCAGGAAGCUGAGCAAGCUUCUGAGGCAGCGCCCGAGAAAAAGGCCUCAAACCCUGCUGACAGUCUCGGCCUGGGCGAACUCACAAAGGUGCUCGGUUUCCGGUGA